AUGCCCUUGGCCGCGGCAUCCACCCUGCACCACGCCUGGACCAUCCCCUGCUCGCCGGCCAGCGCGCGUCUGCUGCUGUGGCCGCGCUCGCCGCCCGCCCACGUGUGCCUUGGCCACUCACCCACGUCGACCAGGCCCUGCCUUGCCCCCCCUUAUCGCGCCGACUCCCGCAGCUCUGCUGCUGCUCUCCCGCUGUGCCCCCUCCCUACGCUGCCAUCGCUACCUGCUAGUGCCCUGGCCGCGUGCCCUUGCUCGCGGCGCGACCCCGCCUCCCGCUUCCUUGGCCGCACCCGCCGAGGCCGCCACCGGCCGUGGCUAUGGCCUCGCGCUGACUGUCGUGGCCCCCCUGCCUGCCACUACUCACCGGCCGGCGUCCGCUUCAGCCGGCCCACGCCCGCAGACCCCCCUGCUCGCCCCGCGUCAUCAGGCGGGCUACCCUGUCGCCCCGGGUUGCACCCCAGCGCCCGUAACCGCCCCGAUUGGCAUCUGUGCCACUGGACAGCGAGCCCCACACCCAGAAUAAAGAAAAAAUGGGCCUACCAGUCCGAGAGCCGCGAUGCAGUCUCUCAAAAGAAGCCGCGACAGGGUUUGCUCGACCUCGGCGGCGUUCUCAUGGCGGAAGGCGACCUAAGUGUUCUCAUAGCGGAAGGCGGCCUAGGGGUGGAGGAGGUAGUAGACGAGAGUGGCUGCUUAGAGCCUUUCUUCUACGACGAGGCGGAGGUUGUGGCCGAAGCGGCGGCAGCGGCGGAGAGGCGGCGGCGGGAGGCUGAGGAGAAGGCGGCGGAGCAUGCGCGGAAGAUGGAGAAAUUGAGGCGGAGAAAGGAAGCGCAUCAGGCCGUGAUCGACAGGAUCCGCGAGUACGAUCCCAAGACGGGGGAAGUCUGCUACACCCGAUUCUACAACAGGGACAUGUCCAAAUUUGACAUUGACCAGGAGUCUCCUCUGGCUCCAAUGCGAUACACUCACAAAACACCAUCCAAAUACACCAACUCACUCGGAAGACAGGUGUACGACGUGUCUGACUCUGUAAACAUCCUCUCAGUGAAGAUAGCCUCUUCGGAUAUGGGAUUUCCGUUAAAGGUGUAUGGUAUCAUGAUUGCAAGAGAUUACCUCGAUUUCAAGUGUGUCUAUCUGUUCCGGCGCCAUAGAGAGGAUUACCAGCUCAUCAACUCAGAGGAUCAAUCGUUGAUCUUGACUGGACCAACUCGAGGACUAGUGUUACUAGAUAGUAUAUAUUUUGAGGUGGAUCUUAAGAUCAAGGAUGACCAAGGGAAGAAAGACCAAGAACUUAGCAAGGGACUGUGUGUGAUUGAUGGCAUAUUAAUGGGAGGGGAGGAACAUGGUCAUGUUGGAUGUGAAGACCUCGAUAGCAGGCUGAGCACUGUAGAGGUGAAAUUUGCAGUUGUUAAACUUGCAGUGGAGGCUACCCUUGAAAUCAAGGUUCUCAAAGGAGAUUUCUAUGGAGAAAUCACAGCUUGCACCUCCAGGAUUCAGGAUCGCCUGGUGCUUCAUGAUAGCAAAGCAGGUGGUGUAAUCUGUGAUGGUACUGGAAUGCUCCAGUUGUGGCGCCGUGUUGUAACUGUUGGGAUGAAGGAUAUGCUUUUAUUAAUGAUUGCUACCCAGGCUAGUGAUGUGGCAACUGCCUCUGCUACACGAACCAUUAAUUUCACUCCACAUGGGAACGGUGGAGAGGAAGAUGAAAUUACCUGUGGUGCUGUUAAGAUGCUUAUCAAGGUCAACUGGUCCUUAUUUGAAUUAUGAACUUUGAUGCACCUAUGCUUAUAAUUGACCUAUGUAGUGGUUGCUAA